AUGGCGAUGCGCUCCGCCAGCGCCGGCCCACGCAGCUACCGCCAGCUGGGCGUAAUCACCGCCAGCCCUCUCGGACUAGCCGCAGCCGUGGAGCGCAUGCGAGGGAAGGACAUCGAGUUUUCUGCCAUCGACCUCAGCUGCGGCGGCGCUGCUGCUCAGCAGUACCAGGGUCGGUGCUGGUGCUGGCCGUGGUUUCGGGGGCAUUGUCUUCGCUUCUGCAGGUAUCAGCACCUCUUCGGCGCUACCGAGCUCGUCUACUUCGUCAUCGAUGCGCGGCGGCCGCUGGACCACCUCGAGGUUGUCGAGGACGAACUGCGCGCGCUGAGGGCGGUAGAAGAGCUCGAGGAUGUGCCGUUUGCCCUCGUGGCUAGUCAUGGUGAUGGCCCUGGCGCUGAGUUCAUUCGCGAUUUCAUCUGCGACCGGCUUCGCUUACCCCAAGACCAAGUUUCAGUUUGA